UUUUGCAUGCAGUGCAGCAUUUUUUGAUAAAUUUCGCAACAAUAGAUACGUUUUCAAAGGCUGUUCUUUGUUUUAUUACAAAUUCUCAUUAUUUUACGAGUACAAAGUGACUUAAACCGUAUACCUCCGGUGCGUUGGAUGAAAUAUACUUCCAGAAAACAACAUGAUUCGUGCUACGGCUAAUCUUUCUCGGCUGCCACUACGAGGGAUGUCGUCCGCGGUAGCCGGUAUUACCGGUCAAAAGCAACCGGCUCUUUUAAAUAACCACUUGGACAAUGUUCUACUACAUUCUGCACAGGUUCGAUACAAAUCAACACCUAUCAAUACAAUCAUUAUGUUCGUACCACAACAAGAGGCCUGGGUCGUGGAACGAAUGGGAAAAUUCCAUCGAAUUUUGGAGCCUGGGCUGAAUGUCCUGGUACCCUUUGUGGACCGAGUGAAAUAUGUACAGAGUCUCAAAGAAAUUGCUAUUGAUGUUCCGAAGCAAUCUGCCAUUACCUCGGAUAACGUUACGCUUAGCAUAGAUGGUGUGUUAUAUCUGCGGAUCUUGAACCCUUACCAUGCCUCGUAUGGUGUGGAAGAUCCGGAGUUCGCUAUCACUCAGCUUGCUCAGACCACAAUGAGAUCCGAGCUGGGUAAGAUGUCGCUGGAUAAAAUCUUUCGCGAGCGUGAGUCGCUCAACAUUAGCAUUGUGGAUUCGAUCAACAAGGCUUCUGAGGCGUGGGGCAUUUCUUGCCUUCGAUACGAAAUUCGUGACAUCAAGCUGCCCAGUCGAGUCCACGAGGCCAUGCAAAUGCAGGUCGAAGCAGAGCGCAGGAAACGAGCGGCAAUCCUAGAGUCGGAAGGUGUCCGAGCAGCGGAAAUUAACGUUGCAGAAGGUAAACGACAAAGUCGUAUCCUCGCCUCCGAGGCUCAAAAGCAGGAGGAAAUCAAUAGAGCAAACGGUGAAGCUGCUGCUCUGCUGGCCGUAGCUAACGCUCGUGCCAAGGGACUGACCAUGGUUGCAAACUCGUUGCAGUCAAGGCAAGGUCGCGAUGCGGCUUCGCUGGCCGUAGCCGAAAAGUACGUGAAUGCUUUUGAAAACUUGGCGAAAAAGAAUAACACACUGAUCGUACCAUCCAAUGCCUCCGACGUGACGUCAAUGGUAGCCCAAGCAAUGCAAAUCUAUAACAGUUUGCAGAUGGAAGUGAAAGACAUGCAAGCUAAUGAUGCCGCAGGCCCUGCUGCAGAGAAUACCUUAGCAGAUCCUACCUAUAAUGAGCAUAUGAGUAAAACUUCCGAAAAAUCAGUCUAAGACUUUAAUGGUAAAUGGCAUUUAGAUGGCAUCAGAUUCGUACUAAGAGGUAAAUGAAAUUAAAUUUAAAAAUCUCUGUAAAGAAAAAAUCACUGUAAUGUGCAAGUCGAAAAUAUUCAAAAUUG